GAUGAAUGUGAGUGACCCAGUCUGGAAAAACAAUGCCAAAGACCCAGAUGGGGAGGAAGGAUCAAUUUGCAUCGUUGACAUGGCGGCUCCCAUCUAUUAUUGUAUCUUGUUUGCUGUUGGUCUGCCAGUUAACAUUUUGGCUGCCAUUGCACUCUCGCGUCUUGCUGCUCGCACUCACAAAUCCUCCUACUGGUACCUCCUGGCCCUCACAGCAUCCGAUAUCCUGACACAAGUCUUUGUUGUCUUUGCGGGUUUCAUCAUCCAAGCAGCUGUCUUGGGCCGUGCGGUCUCUGGUACCUUCACCCAUGCUGCCAACGUGCUGCAAUUCACAGCCAACCAUGCCUCCAUCUGGGUGACUGUAUUGCUGACCGUGGACCGUUAUGUGGCCCUCUGUCACCCUCUGCAGUACAGAGCUGUCUCCUACCCAGAGCGCACUCGGAAGAUCAUUGGUGCCACGUUUGCAGUGUCUUUGGCUACUGGAAUUCCCUUCUACUGGUGGCUAGAUGUCUGGCAUGAUGUCCACCCACCAACCACCAUGAACAAAGUCCUGAAGUGGCUCCACUGCUUUAUCAUCUACUUCAUUCCUUGUAGUGUCUUCCUGGUUACCAAUUCAGUGAUCAUUUGCAGACUCAAGCACUCAGGGAGGCCCAAUCGACGUCUCAGCAAAACCACAGCAAUUCUUUUGGCCAUCACCACUGUCUUCAUUGUCCUCUGGGCUCCAAGAACAUUUGUCAUUAUCUACCACCUCUACAUCACCUCAGUCAAUCAAGAUUGGAGAGUACAUCUGGCCCUAGAUGUGGCCAAUAUGGUGGCCAUGCUCAACACCUCCCUCAACUUCUUUCUGUACUGUUUUGUUAGCAAGACCUUCAGGCGCACUGUUCGAGAGGUGCUGCUAUCCUAUAGGCUACAAUGCACCCUAUCACCAAGGAAGAAUAGUUUCUUGGAUCCAUCCUUGAAGCCAUUGGGACUGUUGGGUAGAACUUCAGUCUAGGGAGACUUGUCAAUCUUCUGCAACUGUAUUCAACUUUAUGAGAAGAUCUCACUGACCAAUAAGUUAUUGACUUUCUGGAAAAGAUUGGCUUGGCAUCAUAGUCAGCUACAUAAUGCAGCAGCACUGGA